AUGACAAAGUAUAAGUUGAAGGAUCAUCUAUGUGGAAAAAUACAAUGUAAAACAUGUAAAGCUAUUAUUGACGAUAUCAAUAAUCAUUUGUGUUACAUGAGGAAACCUGAUUCAAAGAAGAAGGACAUUUUAACUGAAGAAGAAGCAGAAGAAAAAGAAGAAGAAAAUGAGAAAGGGGAAGGAUAUAAUGAAUUGUUCUUCUUUGACUACGAGGCACGACAAGAAGAUGAAGGUAUACAUAAAACUAAUUUAUGUAUUGUUCAUAAUGAGAGUGGGGAUGAGUGGAUCUUUCAAGGUGAAGAUACUAAUUCAAGAUUUUGUGAGUGGCUUUUUACAAAGGAACAUCGAGAUUGUAUAUUUGUGGCACACAACUUCCAAGGAUAUGAUGGGUAUUUUAUUCAAAACUUUUUAAAUGAGAAUGCGGUGAAAUAUGAUAUAAUAUUACGUGAUGCAAAAAUUCUCAGUCUGACUGUUCCAAUGUUCAAUAUAAAAUUUAUAGACUCUUUAAAUUUUAUUCCUAUGUCAUUAUCAAAUUUCCCUAAAACAUUUGGAAUGAAUGAGAUGUGUAAAGGAUACUUCCCUCAUUCAUUCAAUCGAAGAGAAAAUCAAGAUUACAUUGGACCUAUACCAUGUGAAGCAUUUUAUAACACAAAUGGAAUGAAAGAGGAGGCACGUAAUACAUUUAUAAAAUGGCAUAAAGAAAAGAGAGAACAAAAUUAUGUUUUCAAUUUUCAAGAGGAAAUUAUAAAGUAUUGUCGUUCUGAUGUUGACAUUCUACGUCGAUGUUGUAUGGAAUUUCGUGAACUAUUUAGAAGUAUUACAAAUAUUGAUCCUUUUGAGAAGUGUUUAACUAUCGCUAGUGCGUGUAAUUUGGUUUUUCGUACUAAUUUCCUUAAAGAGGAGACUAUAGGGAUUUUUCAAAAUGACUAUCAAAUGAAGGUGAAACAAUCGAACAUGGCAUUUAAGUGGCUAUCAUAUAUAUCAGAGAAGGAAGAAAUCUUCAUUCAACAUGGAAAGAAUGGUGGAGAGAAACGUGUUGAUAGAUACUCAUUGGACGGAUAUAAUCCUGAAUUAAAUACAGCAUAUGAAUUUCAAGGAUGUAUAUGGCAUGGAUGUGAAAAAUGUUAUACUUGCAAUACAGUUAAUCCUGUUAAUGGAAAAACAAUGAGUGAUCUCUUUGAGGCUACAUUAAAGAAGAAUCUCUAUCUUAAAGAGUGUGGGUAUAAUGUAAUAGAAAUGUGGGAGUGCGAUUUAAAGAGGAACUUGGAACAAGAUGAAGAGAUGCGUGUGUAUUUUGAAAACUUUGAUCUUGUUGAUCCCCUUCAACCACGUGACGCAUUCUAUGGAGGUCGUACGAAUGCUACAAAGUUAUUUCAUGAAUGUAAAGAUAAUGAGAAGAUUAGAUACGUUGACUUCACUAGCUUAUACCCAUGGUGCAAUAAAUCGACGAAAACAAUUGUUGGACAUCCAAUAAUUAUUACAGAAAACUUUAGAGAUAUCUCUACAUAUUUUGGUCUUAUAAAAUGUACUGUUUUACCUCCAAGAGGUUUAUUCCACCCGGUUCUUCUGUAUCGCGUUCCUGGCAAGUUAUUGUUUCCUUUAUGUAAAGCUUGUGCCAUCUCCUUCAAUCAGAAUCCAUGUACACACACCGAACAAGAAAGGUCUAUUCUUGGAACAUGGUGUCAUGUUGAGUUAUUGAAAGCUAUUGAAAAAGGAUUAGUUAACACGUUCCUAAAGAUAAAGCAAGAAGCAAGUGGUUUCCCAAAGGAUUGUAUUACAGAGGAGCAAAAGCAAUCUUAUAUUAACAUGUAUGAGGAACAUGAAGAUAUAAAAUUAGAAAUGGAGAAGAUUGAGCACAAUCCCGGUUUACGUGCUUUGGCAAAGCUAAUGUUAAACUCGUUUUGGGGUAAAUUUGCGCAACGUUCAAAGUAUCAAAGACCGAGAUGGUUACGAACCUCAAGAUAUUUUGAACUUUUGUCCUCUGAUCAGUAUGAAAUUCAUGAUGUAAAGAUAGUAAAUGAUAAUAUGUUGGAGGUGCAAUACAAAAACACUAACGAAUUUCUGGAGGUUAAUAACAAGACGAACAUUGUUAUUGCGGCUUUUACUACGGCGUAUGCUCGAUUGAAAUUAUAUGAUCUUUUGGAUACAUUAGGUGAACGUGCACUUUAUUACGAUACCGACUCGGUUAUUUAUGUAUCCAAAGAGAAUGAAUUGGAACCUCCUUUGGGGAAUUAUUUAGGAGAUCUUACUGACGAAUUAAAUGGAAAGUAUAUUACAACUUUUAUGUCAGGAGGACCAAAGAAUUAUGCCUAUUACACUAAUGAUAAUAAAUCGGAGACAAAGAUUCGUGGUAUCACGCUGAACCAUUCUGUUAACAAAAAGAUAAAUCCAAGUACAGUUCGAGCUCUUGUAUAUUUACAUGCAGAAUGUAAAGUAAAGGCAAAAAUCACCGUUACUAACCCUUUCAAGAUUACAAGAGAUAAGCAAAGAAAGAACAUAGUUACCAAAGAGAUGAAAAAAGAUUAUCGUAUAAUUUAUGAUAAGCGUGUCUUAAUGAACGAUUUUAAGACAAUACCUUAUGGAUUUUAA